AUGAUUGGUUAUAUAGUUUUAUUUAUCCUUCUUAGUUUAGUCCUCGGUUUUUUAUCUGGUUUUUUAUCCGGUUAUGUCCCAUUUAUAUUUUCAACCAAUAAAAACAAUAAUAACAACAACAAUAACAAUAGAAAUAACAUUGGCAAAGAUUAUUUACACAGAUACAACACCUACAUCUACCCACAACAAACUACACCAAUCUUUUAUACUGCUCCAUCAAAUAGACCACAACCAUCACAAAAUCAAAUCUCACAACCACAACAACAACAACAACAAAGCUCUCAACACAAUCCAUUUUCAAGGGCUAAAUAUUACCAUAACCCAUCCAAUAACCAAAGUUAUGGUUCUGAUAUUAUUUUAACAACCGGUGCACAUCAACAACACCCACAAUCAUCAGAAAAAAUUAGUAUAGAAAUGGAGAAAAUUGUAAGAGAGCGUGCAGAAAAAGAGAGAUUAGAAAAAGAAAGAUUAGAAAAGGAACUUUUAGAACAAAAACAAAAAGAUAACGUAUGUAAUAUAUGUUAUGAUGAAGUAGGGGCCAUUUAUAUGGUAACAUUAGGUUGUAACCAUAAACUUUGCUUAGAUUGCAUUUAUAAAUGGUCUAAAAAUUGCCCAUUUUGUAGAAAAAAAAUCACUUCCUUUAAACAAGAAAAUGUUCAAGAAAAUGUUCCAGUUCAACAUAGCAAUAUCAAUAAGUUUUCAGUUUAUAGUUUCUAA